AUGGGCAACACGAGUAGUGUGCCUCCUGAUGAAGACGCCCAUGAUGAAGCUCCUCAGUACGCUCAAUCAAGCGUUCAUCUGCAAGCUUUGUCCAAAGAUGAAUCGGCUGAGAAACUGGAAGCUGGCGUGAAGCACGGUGUACAGUUGCUGGAUCGACUAGUGCAGGCACUUGACCCCGGCAAGGAGACGGAAGAUAUCAGACAAUGGCUGCAACAGAUCGAGCUUGUCAGACAAGAAGCCACAGGCGCUCGAACCGUUGUCGGUGUCGUUGGUAACACUGGAGCUGGAAAGUCUUCGGUCAUCAACGCCAUCUUGGAUGAGGAGCGUCUAGUUCCCACCAACUGCAUGCGAGCUUGUACUGCAGUGGUCACAGAGAUGUCUUGGAACCCCAGCGAGGACGAAAGCAGCAAAUACCGUGCCGAGGUCGAAUUCAUCAAGCCCGCAGAAUGGGAGAAAGAGCUUCGAGUCCUUUUCGAGGAAAUCAUUGAUGGUAGCGGCAACAUUUCUAGAGAGGUCAGCAAUCCAGACUCACAAGCCGGCAUUGCUUAUGCCAAAAUCCGUGCCGUCUACUGGCGGCUCACGAGAGAUGACUUGACUGCAAGUUCGAUCGAGAAACUCAUGGCCGAUCAGUCUGUUCGGGGUCUGCUUGGUACCACCAAGUACAUCAAAGACCGUUACUGCGACACAUUCUACAAGAGUCUUCAGCACUAUGUUGACUCUAAGGAGAAACCGGAGCUGACCAAGGAUUCGGACGAUGAAGAUGAGGAUAGUGGCGACAAAGACAAAAAGAAAAAGAAGACAAGAAAGCGCGAACAAGAAUUCUGGCCUCUGAUCAAGGUGGUUCGCUUGUAUGUCAAGGCUGAUGCUCUCUCUACUGGUGCUGUUCUGGUCGACCUUCCAGGUGUUGCGGACUCCAAUGCAGCUCGUGCUGCCGUCGCCGAAGGUUACAUGAAGCAAUGUACAGGUCUUUGGAUUGUAUCGCCGAUCAACCGUGCUGUGGAUGACAAGGCAGCCAAAAACCUCCUCGGCUCCACCUUCAGACGACAGCUGAAGUACGAUGGAACCUACAGUGCAGUUACCUUCAUCUGCUCAAAGACUGACGACAUCUCGAAUACAGAGGCUGCCGAUAGCUUGGGUCUUGGAGAAGAGUUUGAAGAGCUUGAGGAACAGCUCACAUCGGUUGAACGCAGACGUAGGGCGGCUGAGAAAGAGACCAGCAAGCUCAGAGAUCAGAAGUCUUCGCUCAGGGAGACCAUGGAUAACUGUGAUGACGAUAUCGAGAAAUGGGAAGCUCUGCAAGAGAAGCUGGACGACGGCAAGACUGUCUACGCUCCAGCCGCCAAGACAAAGAAACGCAAACGAUCUUCUUCAGAAUCUGACAGCGAGAACGAGGACAAGGGCAGUGACAACUCCGACAACGAGUCGCAGGCUUCAGAUCGUGGUGCUCCCUUGACAGCCAAGGACAUCGAGACCAAGAUACAAGAGUUGAAAGACCAGAAGAAAGAAGCUCGUCGUGGACGUAGCGAGAUUGAGGCACAGGUUAAAGACCUGAACAACCAGAUCAAGGAGUUGAAAGUCGAAGCUCGAAACAUCGAAGACACCAGAAGUCGGAUUUGCAUCGACGCACGCAAUCAGUAUUCGAAGUCUGCUAUCCAGGUGGAUUUUGCUGCCGGCAUCAAAGAACUGGAUCAAGAGACUGCCGCCGACGAGGACCCUGAUACGUUCAACCCUGAGGAAGACCUCCGCGACUAUGAAAAGGUCGCUAAAGACCUGCCCGUGUACUGCGUGUCAAGCAGAGCAUACCAGAAGUUGUCUGGUCGGCUUGUCAAAGACAAUGCUGUUCGUGGUUUCACCGACGUCGAGCAAACCGAAAUUCCCGCUCUCAAAUCGCACUGCAAGAGACUUACAGAGAAAGUGCGAUCUAUCAAGUCUCGUCGCUUUCUGACGUUGCUGAGUCAACUUUGCACGUCGCUGGCGCUGUGGUCUUCUAACGACGGUUCUGGUGCAUACAAGACGGACCAGCAGAGAGAUGCCGAACAGAGAUUUCUUGCCCGAAAGCUGAAAGACCUUGAAAAAGCUUUGGAGAGAAACGUUCACACCACCCUGACAGAGAUCAAGGAAACGCUCAACGAGAACAUCUUUGAGAACUACGGAACUGCUAUCAACGCUGCUGCCAAUGCUGCAUUGCCAACGUCACAAGGCUGGGGUGCGCAUAGAAGUCAGGGUGGUCUGUACUGGGCCACGUACAAGGCGGUCGUCCGUCGUCAAGGUGUCUUUACAGGAUCAGGCGGUCUUUCUGACUUCAACGCUCAACUCACUGAGCCCAUCUACAAGCAUCUUGCGAACGGCUGGGAGAAAGCGUUCCAGCGUCGUCUCCCGCAUAUCCUCAAGGCGUGUGCCAAAGAAUUCUCCAAGGACCUGCGCGACUUUCACAAAGCCAUCGAAGUCCAUUCCUUUUCUCAUGGAGGCAACCCACGCCUUGGUCUGCUUUCGCAGCAGCUCUCGAACUAUGAGGCCGUGUUCGGCGACCUUGGCAGCAAGACGACUGAGUUGAUCAACGAGCGCCAGCGCGACAUCAACCGUGAAUUCACUCCGAAUGUGUGCAACGCCAUGCUCGUUGUUUAUAACAUCUGCACGGCAGAAGCUGGACCGGGUCAAUACAAUAGAAUGAAGACCCACAUGACCAACCAUGUCACCGCUCAGAAGGACACCAUGUUUCAGCGAGCCACUCAAGUCGUCCGCAACAUGAUUACAGACCUCAUCAAGGAUGUCGAAGAGCACAUGGCCAACCGCACUGACCAGGUCUUUGUUGGUAUGCGUAGAGAUUAUCUUCAGGUCUUGAGCAACGUCCGCGUCGACGAUGUCAUGAUGCCUAAAUGGGAGCGCAGCUUGAGAGGCACAGUCGAAGACAUCAUUCAUCAGAGUGAGGAAGGUUUCGAGGCCAUCCUUGAAGGAAGAGAUGUGGCUGUUCUUGACGACGAGGCUUCUGCGGGAGCUUUGGAGCACAAGGAGGAUGGUACAGAGGAUGAGGAGAAAAGAGUCAAGGAAGACGCUGAGUCUGAAUACGACACAUACAUGGACGAUGCACAUGCUUGA